CUUUCCAUUAUUAAUAUUCACUCACACCAUCUUCAACUUCACUUCAUACUAUCACACUUAUUUCUCCUCUCUCUCUCUACAAUGGAAGAGAAUAAGAAAACCCUUCUCUUCCUAUUUUUGGCCAUCUCCUUCACUCUCUCAACAACCACCACCACUCACACAUUUCAAUUCCAAACACAAACUCUCUCUAUUAACUCUCUCCCCAAUGCUCCCACACUCCCAUCACCCGAAUCAGAAGAGCUACUAUCCAUACCCGAAUCCGACCCACAACCUCUCUCACUUCAACUCCACCAUGUAGACGCACUCUCCAACAACAAAACACCACAACAGCUCUUCCAUCUCCGACUCCAAAGAGAUGCCGCCAGAGUUGAAUCCUUCACUCUCGCAGCAGCUCUCAACCAGUCCCAUAGAUCCGGGUCGGGUUUCAGCAGCUCCAUCGUUUCAGGUCUUUCUCAAGGAAGCGGUGAGUAUUUCACACGCAUAGGCGUAGGAACUCCGGCGAAGUACGUUUUCAUGGUUCUCGACACCGGAAGCGACGUCGUUUGGCUUCAAUGCGCUCCAUGCCGUAAAUGCUACUCACAGCAAGAUCCAAUUUUCGACCCGACGAAAUCACGUACCUUCGCCGGAAUCCCGUGCGGUGCUCCUCUUUGUCGGCGACUUGAUUCCUCCGGUUGUAACAACAAGAACAAGGUUUGUCAAUAUCAGGUUUCGUAUGGUGACGGAUCUUUCACUUUCGGUGAUUUCUCUACAGAAACGCUGACGUUUCGUAAGACACGCGUGACGCGUGUGGCUUUCGGAUGUGGUCAUGAUAACGAAGGUCUUUUCGUUGGUGCUGAUGGUUUAUUAGGUCUUGGUCGUGGGAGAUUAUCUUUUCCGGUUCAAACCGGACGCCGGUUCAAUCAGAAAUUCUCUUAUUGUCUUGUAGACCGGUCUGCUUCUGCAAAACCGUCUUCCAUUGUCUUCGGUGACUCGGCCGUUUCUCGAACCGCCCGGUUCACUCCGCUACUAAAAAACCCUAAACUCGAUACUUUCUAUUACUUAGAACUUCUUGGAAUAAGCGUCGGUGGCGCGCCUGUCCGCGGCGUAUCCGCUUCGCUCUUCAAACUCGACCCCGCCGGAAACGGCGGCGUUAUAAUUGAUUCGGGUACUUCCGUGACUCGAUUGACCCGACCCGCUUACAUUGCGCUGAGAGAUGCAUUUCGUGUUGGUGCUUCGCAUCUGAAGCGGGCGCCGGAGUUUUCGCUGUUUGAUACUUGUUUUGAUUUGUCGGGACUAACGGAGGUUAAGGUGCCGACGGUGGUGCUUCAUUUCCGGGAUUCUGACGUGUCGCUUCCGGCGACGAAUUACUUGAUUCCAGUGGAUAACAGUGGCAGCUUCUGCUUUGCUUUCGCCGGAACGAUGAGUGGUUUGUCUAUCAUUGGCAACAUUCAGCAGCAAGGAUUUCGGGUUGUUUAUGAUCUUGCGGGUUCGCGGGUCGGGUUUGCCCCGAGAGGGUGCGUUUGAGUAAUGAGAAUUGGGA